AUAGACCUACUUGCACAAGAUUUCAUCGCACACUCUAUAAAGCGGAAGAUAUUUACUACGCCUGCGCCUGCAAGUGUGAGUGAUAUUUGAGCUUAAACCCUAGCCGCUCUUCUCUUCAUUCUUCACUUUGGAAACAAUCAUAAUGGCGUUCUGUAAUAAGGUUGGAAAUGUCUUGAGGCAGGGUGCUGCUCGCAGCACACAUGCCCCUGUUGCGUCCAUGCUUAAUUACAUCCGCUGCAUGUCUUCAAGCAAGCUUUUCAUUGGAGGCCUUUCAUAUGGAGUUGAUGACCAGUCUCUUAAGGAUGCAUUUUCUGGCUUUGGAGAUGUGGUUGAUGCAAAAGUUAUAACUGAUAGAGACAGUGGAAGAUCAAGGGGAUUUGGAUUUGUCAACUUCUCCAAUGAUGAGUCUGCAAGUUCGGCACUCUCUGCAAUGGACGGGAAGGAUCUAAAUGGGCGAAGCAUUCGGGUAUCCUAUGCAAAUGAUAAACCAUCUGCACCUCGACCUGGUGGCGGUGGCGGUUAUCGUGGCGGGGAUUAUGAUGGUGAUUUUGCUUCUCGUAGUGGUGGUUGGUGAUCAAAUUUUUGUUUGUUGCGCCUUCUGCUUAGUUGAGAUUUUAUGUUUAUGCCUAGCACUUCGAUUAAGGUGGUCACUCAAGUGGUAAAGUAGUAAUUAUUGGAAUUUUAUGUUUUUCCCCGUUACAUUUCUUGGUUAUGUUAUUCUGUGAUUUUAAUGGAGCAUUUGUUUCCAUCUAUUAUGGUCAAUGUGCAUGUUAGGUUGUAUUUCGAAUUA